AUGGCUAGCGUUGUAGCAGAGGGCUUCACCGCCAGCCAGCCACGAUUCCAGCCCCAAGCACUCCGAAAGGUGCUCAUCGCCAACCGCGGCGAGAUCGCAUUACGUCUGAUUCGCACAUGCAAAGCGCUUGGCCUGCCCACCGUUUCAGUCUACACAAACGACGAUGCAGCUGCACCUCAUGCCUCGGCUGCGGACGAAGCCUUCUUGCUAGAAGGCAAAGAGUCUGACGGCAAGGGCUAUCUCGACCAGCAAGCCAUCAUUGAUAUCUGCAAAAGGACUGGCGCCAACUGCAUACUUCCCGGCUAUGGCUUCCUGUCCGAGAACCCCGGUUUUGCCAAACUCGUCGAGUCAAACGAUGGUCUAAUCUUUGCCGGUCCACGCAGCGAGACAAUCAACUCUUUCGGCUUGAAGCAUCAAGCUCGUGCUCUGGCUGAAAAGGCUGGCGUCCCUUGCGUUCCUGGUACCAACCUCCUCAAAAGUGCCGACGAGGCUCUUCAGGCUGCCGAAAAGAUCACCUACCCUGUCAUCCUCAAGAGCACAGCUGGCGGUGGAGGUCUGGGUCUCCAAGUCUGCAAAUCUUCCGCAGAGCUCAAGAGUGCUUUCGACAAGAUCACAUCGCGAGGAAAGGCGCUCUUCGGUGACGCUUCCGUCUUUCUCGAGAAGUACGUCGAAAAGGGUCGCCACGUCGAGGUACAAGUCUUCGGUAAUGGUCAAGGACAAGCGAUCCACUUUGGCGAGCGCGAGUGCAGUAUUCAACGUAGACACCAGAAGGUCAUCGAAGAGUGUCCCUCGCCUUUCGUCCACAAGACACCAGGAUUGCGUGAGAAGGUCGCCUCGUGCGCAGUAGCUCUGGCAGAGUCAGCCAAGUACAGAAGCGCAGGAACCGUCGAGAUGCUCGUUGAUGAUGACACAGCUAGCUUCUACUUUCUCGAGGUCAAUGCUCGUCUUCAGGUCGAGCAUUGCGUCACCGAGCUGUGCUACGAUAUUGACCUUGUUGCGCUCAUGCUGAUGCAGGCCGAUGCUGAGUUGAAUGGGAAGGGUGGCAUUCCUGCCGAGACGCUCAAUCCUUGGCAGAAGGAGGGCCCCAAAGGAGUAGCCAUCGAAGCUCGUCUCUAUGCCGAGAACCCGAUCCGCGACUAUGCGCCCACGCCAGGUCUGCUUCAGUACAUCGAAUACGCGACCGGUAAUGUGAAGCAUCCUAGGAUUGAUGGAUGGGUCUCGAGCGGCACCAAGGUAUCAGCAUCGUAUGAUCCAAUGCUGUCAAAGAUCUGCGUCUGGGGCGAGUCACGGGAUGCAGCCAUCACAGAUAUGAGCACCCUGCUCAACAAGUCCAAGGUGCAAGGCACACCCACCAACCUCGGCCUACUGCGUGCAAUCACAGCGUCGAAACUCUUUGCUACUGGCAAAACACUCACCUCCUUUUUGACGCCGGCUUCUGGCUUCAAGUAUCAGCCCUGCGCUUUCGAGGUGAUCACUGGCGGUAUCAGCACAACGGUGCAAGAUCACAACGGACGCAAGGGCGUCGGUCAUGGUGUACCCGAAGCUGGUGCCAUGGACCCACUUUCCCUGCAAGUUGCCAACCUCAUCGUCGGCAACCCUGCUGGAACUGAAGCGCUUGAAAUCACUCUCUCUGGACCCGAGCUACUGUUCCAUGCUGGUGCCGUCGUUGCUCUUGCAGGUGCCGAGAUGGACAUGACUCUCGAUGGCAAGCCUGUGGAAUGCUACACACGCAUUGUCGUGCAAGCAGGAUCCAAGCUCAAGAUCACCAAAGUCGCAGAUGGCGCAGCUGGCUGUCGAUCCUACCUGGCUAUCCGAGGUGGGUUGCCAGAGGUGGCGAUCUAUCUGAACUCCAAGUCGACUUGCCCUUCGCUGGCACUCGGUGGUUACCAAGGACGAGCUCUAUUGGCGGGUGACACGCUCGAGAUGGAUCCUGCGACCAGCGAGCUUGCUUCUAGCGGCAAGGUUCAGCCUUACAGCUUGCCCAAAGAUGCACGUCUCACGAAGCUAUUCGAUGAGAGCAACAGUGACUAUGGUUGGCCGCUGCUGUGCAUGGCAGGACCCUUCGAUGACGAUGGCUUUCUCACGACCAAAGACCGUCAGAAGCUGUAUGGAACAUUGUGGAAAGUUUCACACCAGGCCAGUCGUACUGGUAUUCGUCUCGAAGGUCCACGAUACAAGUGGGCUCGCAAGGAUGGAGGAGAAGGUGGCUCUCAUCCGAGUAACGUGCUCGAGUUCGGCUACUCUUCGCGCGGUAUCAACAUGAACGGUGACGUACCCGUCAUCCUUGGCCGUGACGGUCCUGAUCUUGGCGGUUUGCUCAUCUCUAACACCAUCAUCUCGAGCGAGUGGAGAGAUGGGCAAAUGAAGCCGAGCGACAAGCUUCGUUUCGUCGCCGUCACUUACGAUCAAGCCCGCGAGAUCAGCGAUCGUGUGGAGAAGUACUUGAGUCAGAUCAAGAACGCUGUUGAUGGCCGGGGAGAGGUCGAGCCUCUGUCUAUGCAAGUGGUUGAUCAUCUUUACGCGAAAGGCGACUUUAGUCAGUCCAACUCGAUCCUCGCAAGUAUUGACGAGGUCGCGGGUGAAAGGCCCAUGGUUAAGAUCCGCUCUGCUGGUGAUAGGUUCAUCGUGAUCGAGUAUGGCGAUAUGACUGCAGACAUCAUCAAUCGAUGCAGGAUUGAGCUGCUUGUUCGAGAACUAGUCAAGACCAAGUCGACUUCUGGUAUUGUCAAUCUCAACCCCAAUUUGCGCAGUGUCACGAUCCAGAUUGAUCCGGCCAAGGUCAACGAUCUUCAGGGGUUGGUCAACUGGCUUGCGGAGCUAGAGACCAAAAUCCCAAACGCAAAGGAUGUCAAGAUCCCCACACGAGAGUUUACGCUGCCGGUCACGUUCGAGGAUCGAGAGGUGAAGUUGUCGGUGCAGAAGUACAUGGAGCUUGUGCGAUCCAAGGCGGUGUACUUGCCGGACAACAGCGAGUACCUUGCGGAAGCAAACGGGUAUAAAAGCACUCGAGAGGUGGAAGAAGCUGUCGUGGGCUGCCGUCAGCUUGCCGUCUCUGUAGGUUUCUUCAUGGGGACGCCGAUCUUGCUACCUCUGGACCCACGCAAACGUAUGCGAUGCCAGAAGUACAACCCCACUCGACUCACCACCCCAGCCGGUGCAUUGGGUCACGGAGGCAGUUGUUUCGCCAUCUAUCCCGUCAGUUGUCCCGGUGGAUACGCUUUACUUGGGCGCACUCUCCCCUGCUGGUCGACGUUUGGUGAUAAGCCAGGCUUCAAACCCACCCAGCCCUACCUAUUCGAAAACUUUGACACUAUUCAAUUCGAAAAGGUGGACCAAGCGUCCUACGAUCAAGCUCUCCGAGAGUUCGACGCAGGCAUCUACAAAUGGAAAGUCAAAGAAACUGUCUUCGAUGUUGCCGAACAAUCGCAAUUCCUAGAAUCGAUCAAAGAAGCAACGGAAGAAUUCAGAAAACAACAAGCUGUCUCCCUAAAGAAAGCCGAAGAGAAAGAAGAAAAACUCUUUGCAGAAUGGCAACAAGAAGUGCAAGAAGCAGAAAAACGUAAAGCUGCAGGCCAAACUUCUGGCGAUGGCCAACCAGCUACUCUUGAAGACUUUGCUCAUGAUGCGUCGGCUAUUCCAAUCACCUCUGGUCUAGCCGCGAAUGUAUGGAAAGUUCUAGCGAAGAAGGGUGAUAAAGUGGAAUCAGGGCAGAAGGUUGCGAUCUUGGAAGCGAUGAAGAUGGAAAUCGACGUAGUAGCUCCUGAUGGAUGUAAGACGAUUAAGGCGGUCCUCAAGCCGCCUGGAAGUAGUGUCAAUCCUGGUGAUGCGAUUUUGGUUGCUGGAUCCGAGUAA